CCAUUUAGAAUUUCUUGGAAGUAUGAAAUGUGGAGACCUCCGGUUUAGAAAACUCCGAAAUCUAAGUGAGUGUGUCUGAAACAAAAAAGAAGAAGAAAACAGAAAAAUGAAAUCCAGUUCAGCCAUGGUGACAACCCACUCUCUCUCUAAGGUAAUUGCUAGUGGUAAGAAGAAUGAUGUAAGAUUGAUGACUGAAGUUGAGAAGCCUAAAUCAUUAGUUGAAGUGCGAGCUGAAGAAAUCCAAUUCGGUUUGGAUCCCCAGUUCCCAAGCUUGGUUAAACUUAUGCUCCGGUCACAUGUUGUUCAGGGUUUUUGGCUGGGACUUACUUCUAAAUUUUGUUCGACCCUACCUAAAAAUGAUACCGAAGUUACCUUGGUAGGCGAGGAUGGGGAAGAGUACACUGCAAACUACCUUCCUCGUAAGUUUGGACUAAGUGGUGGAUGGAGAGGGUUUGCCACUGCACACAAGUUAGUCGAGGGAGAUGCCUUGGUUUUACAAUUAGUCGAGGCUACCAAAUUCAAGGUUUACAUAGUUAGAGCACACAGUUUGGCGAAUGUUGAGGUUGCUAGUUCCCUCCUAAAAUCUGGUAUUCCUGCAAAAGGGAGUGACCAAGCUGAUGCUGAGGAAAGAAAGACGGGUAUAAAAUAUACAAGAAAACACAUACUAUGUCGUCCUGCAGUACCUCUAAUUGGCGAGGAUCAACAUAUUGUUCCCCCGUUGAAAAGUUGCAAGGAAAUGAAGAUGACUAAAAGUCCUGCACAAAAACACGUUAAAUCUCAUCUCUCGGUCCCUUUUCUUGGUGAUGAUCAAGAUGCUACUCUCCCCACAUCAGGUCCCAAGGAAACAACGGCAACUGACGACCCUAUACGAAAGCGUGUGAAGUUUCAUCCUUCAGUCCUGCAUCUUGGUGGGGAUCAGAAUAUUACUCUUCCACUGUCAAGCUCCAAACAGCCUGAAGAUCAGAGUAAUCGAAAGGAUACAGAAGUGUUGGAAGGUAUAAAACGUUUGGACUCCAGUGUUGAGAUUCGGGAUGUUACAGAUUUAGAGAGUUUCACUAUAACAGUUAACGGUUGGAUUAUCGACCCGGAGAUGUCUGAAAACUAUAGAUCUAAAUACUACGAGCUCUGCCGCAGUCAGAAAACUUAUCUUCAUAAAAAUCUUAUGCAAGGGGUGAACAGUAAAUUGGUUGCAGGAAUCAUUUGUGAAACAGUUGAUAUUGCUGAUGCCAUUAGAGCUAGUGAGCUUGGUACUCCUAAGGAUGACUUUAAAGCAUGGAGGAAGAGUUUAAUAGGUUUUAAACAUCUAGGAAUGAAUGUCGAUGUCUUACUUUCUCGGAUAGACAUUCUUCUAAAGCUAAUGAUGGAAGCUGAAGACUCAUUUGAUUAUAACGAGACUAUGGUAAGACGGAAUCGUGUCAAAAGAGAGAUAGCAGCGCUUGAUAUGAAAAUCCUUGAACUGAGAAAUGAGGCCGUAAGGCUAGAGAGAGAAGUGAAAGCUCUACAAGUCAAUGAAGAGAAGCACGAGGCAUUCUAUAGUGUGGUAAGAUCUCCUUGGUGAUUUUAUUUACUUAGCUGGUAACGGGUGUUCUCUCUAGUUCUUGACUAGCUUGUGGAUUACAUGGGUAUGCAUGAUAGAGGUACGGAGGGAAAAUUCCGUCAUUUUUUUGUGCAACGGUUGACGCCAAAUCCUAACCGGGAGCAUGUGCGUCAUAGUUGGCCUUCCUAUGUUUCAGCACCGUUUUAAGUGUCUGUAAUGACAAAUGAACACUUUAAACAAUAAUCUUCUGAUGUUUGUUUAGCUUGUUUAUCAGUAAAUCGUCAUUUUCGUUUCAUAAAAAUAAACUCAGGUAGU